AUGCGUCCCGCCUCGGACCUGCCGUCGCUCUCUCAGAGGCUCGAACGUCAGAACUCGCUCCCAGCCGCCGACCCAAGCUCGCUGACAGACGACCCGGCCGUGGAUCCCGGACCUAAACUCGGCCGCGACGCCGCCAGCACGGCCGAGAGCGCCUCCUGCGCCGGCGUCGUGGUCGACCGCGACGACGAGGAGAGUGCGGCGGGGCACGCCCUCGCCGUCUGACUGGCGAGGAGGUCGGAAAAGGCUUCGGAGACCUCCGAAGCGCAGUCGUCGUCGUCGCGAUUCUCGGGAAACGCCUUAGCGCGGUGGUGCAGCCAGCCCGGGGCCGCGGCGGCGCCUCCGCGCGUCUUGAGGUUGGGGGACGGGAGAAUGUCUGUGCCGGGCGGCGGCGGCGUGGAGAGCUCCUCGCACUUGCGCAGCAGCGCCCGCCUCGUGUCGCGCAAGCGCGCGUCGUCGCCCACCCGGAUGCCGUCGAGGGCGAUGCAGAGCUGCGUGCACCGCUCGCUGCAGCGCGCCUAGUCAUCGCCUUAAUGAACACUCACCACUUGGUGGAUGCAGAGCUGCGUGCAAGCGCUCGCUGCAGCGCGCGCGCUGCUCGGCCGCCGCCGCGCCGCCGCCCGCCGCCGCCAGCCCGGCUUCGAUUCGCGCGAGCUCCUCACCCACUCGCUCCAUCGCCUCGAUUCGUGAGAGCUCCUCCCCCACGAAGCCAGACCUCGGCGCCGUGUACCAGGCCUCCACAGAGUUCGGCUCCGUGGGGGGGUGCGGUGCCGAAGCACCGCCCUCGCCCGCCGCGCCGCCGCCGCGUCCCGGCAAGCUGCAGCCGGCCGUGGCGAUCGCCUUGGACACACGUUG